AUGUCGACUCUGGUGCCGCGGCCACCCUACUCUGAUGCCGAACUGGCAGCGCUCUACCCCCCUCAGCUUCGACUGUGCCAAGUCCAGAUUCUUCUUCGCCAUGGCGAACGCACUCCGACCAACCCGAGAUUCGCAAACACGGGUCUCCCAGCCUUCUGGCCCUAUUGCUCCGCCGUCAAUCACCUUCGCAAUGCCGUCCUCGACCCGGACACGGCGCGCUUCUCCGUGCUCGAGUGGAGGCGGAGGCUCGAGACCACGGCCCCCGACGGCUCUCCCGUCUUGGCGUCCGGCCCCGGCGGCCAAAUCGACAGCAUCUGCGACGCGGGCAUGUUGACGGAUCGCGGCCGCGAGACGACAUUUCACUUGGGCCAAAGGCUUCGCAAGCUGUACGUCGACCAGCUCGGCUUUCUCCCCGCCAAAGUCCAAAACACCGACUUCAUGUACGCACGAUCCACGCCCAUUCCGCGAGCUCUGGAAUCCGUGCAGCAGGCCCUGAGUGGGCUCUUCCCUCGCCACGCCCGCGCCGACGACUUCUCUCCCCCGACCAUCAUCUCCCGCGCACCCGCAGACGAAACUCUGUUUCCCAAUGACUCCCAUUGCCGCCGCUUCGCCGUCCUGGCCCGCGCCUUUGCUCAACGAGCUGCGGACCGGUGGAACGACAGCGAGGACAUGGCCUACCUCACCGACAAGUUGGGUAAAUGGAUGCCGCCCGACAGACCGAGGGUUGCUGUGGAUUCGCGUCCCCGCUUGAGCGGCAUAAUGGACACUGUCAACGCAACGUCUGCCCAUGGACCGGGUACGAGACUGCCACGCGAGUUUUACGACGCCAGGGUAAAGCGCGUCCUGGAAAAGAUUGCAGUGGAAGAAUGGUACGCAGGCUACAAGGAGAGCGAGGAAUAUCGCACUCUGGGCAUUGGCGCUUUGCUCGGCGACCUGGUCUUGCGCAUGGUCGAGUCUGCCGCGAGGGUCCCGACCAGCAACAGCCCGCCCGGCAUGGCGAAGCAGCAGCAGCCGGAUGCCGUGCCGUCUGGCAUUCUUUUCGGUCUGAGCGGGUGCCACGACACGACCUUGGCUGCCACCCUUGCCAGUCUCGGCGCCUUGAACGAAGACGAAUGGCCUCCCUUCACCAGCCACAUUGCCGUGGAAUUGUUCCAGCGAACCGACACAGACGCAGCCACUCCGAGGCAUUCGUGGUGGGACGCCCUCCUGGGCCGCUCGCCCUCCCAUCAACACCAAAUAGGUCGCAAGCCAACCCAGGCGCUCAGCGAGCCGGAGAAGAAGCGUCUGCGAGAUUUCUACGUUCGCAUUCGCUACAAUGACCGACCCGUCGCGAUUCCCGGCUGCAAAGCACCGGGCGACCACCUCGACGGCGACGAGUCGUUUUGCACCUUGCAAGCAUUCAAGUCCAUCGUGGAUAGAUUCACCCCGCACGACUGGAAGCAGCAAUGCCGUACAAACAUGAACGCCCCUCCUUUUCCUGCCGCGCCGGAACCCGCGGGGUACUCUUGA